AGCUCAAAAGAAAAUAGGAGUAAUAGGAGACCGAGUCUAGUUAAAGCGUCCACCCACUUUCUUGGUCAACUCCUUUCAUUCAUGACAUCCACGUAAAUCCUACACAUUUUCAGCAUCAACUACCACCUUGUUCUUCUUCUUUAGGCUCCUUCAAUUCCUCCACCUUCACAUUUUCUUUUAUCACUAAGUAUCUUUUUCUUCUUUACUUUUUUUCCCACAGACCAAUAUAUAUAUAUAUAUAUAUAUAUAUGGCAGUGAUUAGCUUCCUCGGAGUUUCAGCCCGACAACUUACUAUUCGGGCUUCAAGAAAGUGUGUUCGGGCCUACGGUUCAGCUGCUGCAGUUCAGUUGGAUUAUGAGUACGAGGAGGAGAUGGAGGAAUCAGCAGUAUCAGCUAAAGGGAGGGGAGUACAGUGGCUGAUCAUGGGCCACCCAAUGACCCAGAGACACGUGUACGCACGGUGGCUAUCAAAACUUCUUGACGCUCCCCAUAUUUCCAUGGGCUCUCUCGUCCGUCAAGAACUCCACCCUCGCUCUACUCUCUACAACAAGAUAGCGAGUGCUGUGAAUGAGGGAAAGCUUGUUCCCGAAGACGUUGUUUUUGGUUUGUUAUCAAAGAGGCUAGAAGAAGGUUAUUGCAGGGGUGAAAGCGGCUUCAUUUUAGAUGGAAUUCCUCGUACAAUCUUUCAGGCUGAAAUCCUUGACAAAGUUGUGGACAUAGAUUUAGUUCUGAAUCUCAAGUGUUCCGACUGUUACGUGCCAAAGAAUGAUACAAGCAAUGGAAUUUAUGCAGCUGAAGAUCAACUCCUUACGAGAGGUAACUUGAUGUCUUCAAGGGUCAUGGAUGGUGCCUAUAGAGAGAAGCAAAAUGUCCUUGCUGAACAGAUCAAACCCUUGGAAGAAUACUACAGGAAGCAGAAAAAGCUCCUUGAUUUUCAAGUAGCAGGAGGGCCUGCAGAAACAUGGCAAGGUCUUUUGGCUGCAUUGCAACUUCAGCACAUGAGGAGUUCAGUUGGUUCAACGCAGUUGUCUGCAGGAUGUUGAUUUGAUUCUCUGGUGAUACUUAUUCUUUUUGCAAGUGUAUUAGAUGAGUGUAAUGAAGUCAGUUUUGUGCGAGAAUGUAGAGCUAGUUUUUGUUUCAUUCUUGUUUACUGAGUGUGACCAUGUAGUAGCGAUGAAUCUCUAGCAGACAGUUUGUUAAAUGGUUCUUAUCUAUGUAUCUUUUGAGUGUGAUUUGCUUUUUUAA